ACAUGUGAGGAGGUGGUUAUGUAGCUAUGGCUUUAUUCACUGCAGUAUUCCCAGCUGUAAUCCCCAAUCCCUGUCUCAAUUCCCACAAAUCUACCAACUUUGGCUUCCAAAAUUCCAUGCCACUUCCUUAACUCUUCUGCCAUUCCCCUUAAUUGUUUGUCUUCUACUCUCUCUUCUUUCCCCUUAUUUUAGUUCCUCCUGUGCUUUCCUUGCCUCCCCCUCCCUUUCUUCUUGCCAGAGCAAAAGAAUAUAACAGAGCAGCAUCUUGAAGAGGAGGAGGAAGAGGAGGGAGAGAGUGAGGGCACAUGGGAUGAGAGUGGAUGAAGAGAGCAGCUGGAUCUUUCUGCACGGCCGCUGCUUGAUGAUGUUAGAAAGGGAAAAAAAAGGCUCUUUUUUCAUGGUUUGAUCAUGAGUUUCCAGAAAGAUUGCUUCUUGCAUUGUUUUGUUGGCUGACCUGCGGUUGUGGGAAAAAUGCGAUCUUGCUGCGUUCUUUUUUCUCUUGGCGAUCGGACCAUUUCUUUGGGAUUCUUUUGGCUUGGUGGGAUUGAUUUCUCUGAUUCGUGAGGGUUCAGCGUCGGUAGGGUGUAGAUCAUUGUAGGAACUGUUCUUUUUCCCGGUUGCUAUUUGAGCCUUCGGGGUGAGGAAUCGUCGAGGAUCGAGCUCCUGUCUUUGCCUCGGUUAUUGUUUUGGGUGAGUUUGAUUUGUCCGAGUAUAUUCAGUUGUUUUCUCUGAUUUGUGUGUAUAAAGUUGCAGAGUUACAUUAGAUCAUGUUUAGGUGAUGGAUCUUAUGCUUGGACUGGUUAAGUUCCUUAAAGAUGUUCUUCGUUUGUUGUAGAAGUUAGGGUCUUGGGUUGUCUUGGAAGGUCGAUUGCCUCUUGUCAACAUCGAGGUGGUUCAAAAUGCCUCCAAGUUGGAAUAUAUGUCAGAGGUCUCUUCGUUUGCGUCACCAAAUUUGGUGUUAGCUUUAGUUGGGUGUCUGGUGAAACUGUUUCAGCUCUUGUUCUGUGUUGGAUCUUUUUGUUCUUUGUAUUUGUCCAACGACAUUGCCAUUUGAGAUAGAAGCUGGCAGUAGUAGCCGUCUUGCCUGGAAUCAUGGCCACACUCUCACAUGCUGAAUCCAGACGCUUGUAUUCGUGGUGGUGGGAUAGUCAUAUCAGCCCAAAACACUCCAAAUGGCUUCAGGAUAACCUUGCAGAUAUUGAUGAUAAGGUCAAAGCUAUGAUCAGGCUUAUAGAAGAAGAUGCUGAUUCCUUUGCCCAAAGAGCAGAAAUGUACUAUAAGAAACGCCCUGAGCUUAUGAAACUGGUGGAGGAAUUUUACCGAGCAUACCGUGCUUUAGCAGAACGAUAUGAUCAUUCUACUGGGGCACUUCGUCAGGCUCACAGAACUAUAGCAGAAGCAUUUCCUAACCAAAUUCCGCUUGAACUUUUUGAUGAGUGUGUAACCCCAGAUGCAGGGACAAAUACCCACCAAAUGCCUCAAGGAAUUAUUCACCCAGAUGGUCUACAAGUUGAUCUGCUAGGCUUGUUAUUGCAUGAUGACACAAUGAAAUUGAAUGAAGCUUGUUCUGGAGUAACCAAGGUAACAACAAAUGAAGCCUGUUUGAAGCAGUUGGAUCAAAUGUUUGAAACUAGUGAGGAAGCAACUGGUACAAACUUUGCAGCAGGGAGGGAAGGAAAAUUUUCAGAAUAUAAAUUACUUCAGAAAGAAAUUUCCAGGUUAUCGAAGGAAAACCAGGAUCUGAAGAAACAACUGACUUCAGAAUCAGCACGUGCUGAUAGAAAUGACAAUGAAGUUCAAAGCUUAAAAGAGACCUACUCCAAGGUAAAAUCUGAAAAAGAUGACUCUCAGACUCGAUACCAAGAAUCCAUGAUAAGAGUAUCUUGCUUGGAAGAUGAAAUUUCUCGCACCAAACAAGACCUUAAGAAGCUUAAUGAUGAGAUGCUAAUGGAAUCUUUGUGUUUAAGCAGUGCCAAGGAACGGACUCUUGUCUUGGAUAAGGCUAAUCAAUCAUUACAGUUGGAGCUUGACAUCCUAAAGCAGAAAAUAAAGCAACAACAGGAGGAGCUUAAGAAGAAGGGACAGGACCUGGAAACUCUCAAAACCUCUUUGCAAGAUGAACUCCAAAGAAAUUUCAAGGCUGAAAUGGCUUAUCAGUCCAUGGAAAAGAAGCAUACAGAAACUAAGGAGGAGAUGAGGCAUCUGGAACUGGAGCUUAAAAGCAAACUCGAAAAGCUGCAGGAUAUGGAGAUUGAACUCGAGAAUAUUAAGGAGGAGAAUGUGAGCUUCAGUGAACAAAAUCUUUCAUCUGCUCUGACAAUAAUGAAUAUGCAGGAUGAGAUAAUUUCUCUUAUGGAUCUGAAAAGGAAACUUGAAGAUGAAGCUGAUCUUCAUAUAGAGGAAAAGGAAUCUCUUGAGCUUGAGCUAUAUCGUCUUAAAAAGGACAGAAAUGAUUUGGAGCAGAAGUAUCAUUUGCUAACAGACGAAAUACAAUCAGUCAAUUUAAGUGUAGGAUGCCUUCAGGCACUGAUAAAGGAAUUGAGAGAUGGAAACUUCAAGUUGAAAGAUACAAUCAAGAAAAAUGAGGAUGAAAAAAAUCUUUAUCUACAUAAGCUAAACCAUAUGCAAGCAGUAUCAGAGAAGAAUACAGCAUUGGAAGCUUCCCUUUUGGAUGCAAAUAAUGACCUAGUGAGACUAAGAGUGAAAAUAAAAGAAUUAGAGGACUUCUCUGCUCAUCUCCGCUGCAGGAUUUCUGUGCAUCUAGCUGAAAAGGCUGCACUUUUGUCCCAAAUAGAGGCUGCUGCUCAGAAUAUGGAGAAUCUUUCCAGGAAAAAUAUAUUCUUGGAGAAUUCCUUAUCUGACAUGAGCGUGGAACUUGAAUAUUUGAGAGAAAAGCUGAAAGGUGCAGAAGAGUCCUGCGAUUCUCUUCAUGAUGAGAAAUCUGCUCAUCUUUCAGAAAAGAUCACCCUCAUGUCUCAGGUAGAAAGCUUUAAACAGAGUCUUCAGAACUUGGAAGGCAGGUAUCAAGAGUUAGAAGUGAAAUGCUCAAAUAUAGAGAGAGAGAAAGAUUCGAGACUUCAUCAUGUGGCAGAGCUGCAAGAGUUAUUAAGACUAGAAAAGGAUGAACAUGACAUCCUUGUUCAGUCUAGCAAGAGUCAGCUGAAUGCAUUGGCAGAUCAGAUACAUCUCCUUCAGGAAGAAGGUAGGCAAAGGGAGGAGAAUUUUGAAAUGGAACAGCACGAAAUCAUAAACGCUCAGGUUGAGAUUUUCAUCUUACACAGAUGCUUAUGUGACAUGAAAGAGGAGAAUCUGAUUCUUUUAUUUGGAUCUCAGAAACAUAAAGAGGCAUUGAGCUGCGCAGAGAAACUUAUUCUGGAGCUUGAGCAACAAUGCCUGACGCAAGAGAAAAAGAUAAAAUCUUUAAUGGAGCAUAACAAGAAACUGAGGGAGUGGAUUUAUCUAAUAAUAAAGUCACUCAAGGUGGAUCUCGAACAUGCUACUUUCGAUGAAACUGAAGAUGAGUUGCUUUUGCAGCUUGUUUUUAACGAAAUUCGACAGUUGCUGCAUACUAUUUCAGAGGCCCACGAUGAAAAGCAACAUUUGCUUCUUGAGAAAUCAGUUGUUGUCACCCUUCUGCAGCAGUUUGGAAAGUAUGUUGCAGAUCUGAGAGCAGAAAAGGCUGCUCUUGAGAAAGAAUCUAAACUAAAACUAGAAAAUUUAACACUGCUAAAAAGCAAGAAUGAUGAAUUCCUCGAGAUACAUGAACUUAUGAGGAAGGAGAUGCAUGUCAGCAACCAACGGGAGGAAGCACUGGAAGUUGAAGUAGAUCUGCUUUUCAGACAGCUCACAUAUAUCCAGGAGUCUCACAGCAAAUUACAAAUUGAAUUCUCCAAGGUGUUUGAGGAAAACAAUUUAAUGUGUAAGAAACUUUAUGACUUGAGAGAAGAAAAGGUCAAGCUGGAAGAGGAGAACACUGUUUUCCUUAGAGAUGUUAUGUCCUUGGACUACCUGUCUGUGAUGCUUAGGAGUCUUAAUUCAGAGAGAGCAUUAUCACUACAGCUACUAAGUAAUGAAACAAAUUAUUUCCGUGGGUUGAAAAUCAAGCUGGAACAGGAUGUCUCACUAAUUAAUGGAAAGUGUUCAAUGCUUGAAGUUGAAAACACACAUCUCAAGGAAUCAUUUGCUUACUUGAAAGGGUGCAGAAGAAGUUUGUCAGAAGACCAACAUGAUGUUCACAGUGCACGAAGUGCCAGGAGAGAACUGAAUCUUGACACAGUAGAAAAUUCUUCGAUCAAGAAGGAUAUGGAGUUGUCACAGGCAAACCAGAGCUUGAAAACAGCACAAUACAUGAACCCAGAGUUGCAUAGAAACCUUAAUGAUCUGAAGUUGGAUGUUGAUGAGGCUAAGGUGACCAGAGAAGAAACAGAGAAGAUUUCCAACUUAUUGGAUGUUUUUGCAGUGAAGGAAAUUGAGAAUGAAUGUCUUCAGCAAGAAAAUAGGGUGUUGAAAUGCGAACUUGGUAAAUUGCAGAACAAUGUUGAGGAGCUACUGCAUGAUAUUCAGUGGGAAGCAAUCAAUGCAGUAGUAUAUAAAGAAAAGGUACUUGAAUUGAUACAUAAAAGUGAAAACGUUGUGACUAGUAUUACGGUACAAAAGAAAGUUUUACAAGAGGAAAUGACACUAAGAAAUUUGACAGUUCAUGAGUUGGAGAAAAAAAUGUGUGUCCUUGAAGGAGAAAAUAAAGGACUGAGGGCUGACUUGAAUGCAUAUUCACUGUUUUUGGGAUCCUUGUGGGAUGAUAUUGUGAUCCUGGAAGAGCUCACACUUUCCCUUGCAAGGCGCCAUUCUACAUCAAUCAAUCAGAAAAUUGAGGAUGAUCAGAUUGCGGCUUGUCCUUAUACCAUGAGCUGUCAAAAACGGAGUCAGGAUCAUAGUGCUAUGACACCUCCAGGACUUCUAAGACUGCAAUAUUUUCAUAACAAGAUUAAAGUGCUGCAGGAGGUCUUGAUGAAUACCGGGAAUGUCCUAGAGCUGGAAAGGUUGGAUUCAAGUGCUAGUUUGGAGACUGCAUGGAAACAAAUUGAACUGCUAAAGUCAAAGGGAAUUCCGGACAAUGAAAUCACUAAAUCAAAAUACGAACAAAUUAUGAAAGAUAUACAGCUUGAUAUUGUUCUAAAUUCUUCUCGAUAUGGGAAUGACAUUCUUUCUCAUGGACAUAGAAGAGCUAGAGGAACUGAUGAAGCCACCAGUGAGAUGCUUGAACUAUGGGGGACAUCUGAAGAGGGAUGCAGCAACCAAAAGCAGAAAAGUCCCUUGAUAUUCGAGAACAGUAUGGCACAUUAUCAGAUUGAAGAGAUGGAGGGCAAGUACACUUCAGAUGAAUUGGUAGCUGAGAAAGAGUUGGCAGUUGACAAGCUAGAGUUGUCCCGAAAGUUGGAGCCCCACUUGGAAUGGAACAGAAGGGUCGUAGAAAGACUUUUUUCUGAUGCUCAGAGGUUGUUGCUUCUUCAAUCAAGCAUACAGGAACUCCAGAGUAAUAUGGAAAUUUCUGAAAAGAUCAACCAGCCUACCAGAUCUGAGUUCAAUACUUUCAAGGGACAAUUGAAAGAAGCUGAGGGAACCAUAACAAAGCUCAUUGAUGUGAACAGUAAGUUGACAAAGAAAGUGGAAGACUAUUCUGCAUCACCUGACAAUUAUGCUGAGAAAAAAGAUAGUGUGAGCAAAAGACACAAGCAAAUUUCUGAUCGGGCAAGAAAGGUCUCUGAGAAAAUUGGAAGGUUGGAAUUGGAGAUGCAGAAAAUUCAAUAUAAUUUGCUGAAAUUUGAGGAAGAGCUCCCGAGUAAGAGAGCAAGGUUUGUCAAAAGAAGAUCAAGGGUUCGUUUAAGAGAAUACCUAUAUGGAAGGAGAAACAGUAGGAGACAAAACGAAGGCUCUUCCUGUGGCUGUAUGAGGCCAACAGGAAAUAGUGACUAACUCUCUUUCAUGUUGCUUUUAUCACUUUGCAUCCUGUCUGAUGUAAAAAAGAAUGUUUUUAUGUUGGUUUUUACUUGAAAUCUGAACUGCAAUCUCUUAUGGAUGAUUAACAACUAAUUUGAUAAGAGGUUGUCCAUGGUAGGCUUAAUCUGUACAAGCUGCUCAUGGAAAUUUACCUCUGUAUGUUUUAGUAUGUGACAAGAGUUAACAGCUUUUUGCAUUUAUUUCUUAUUAGAAUCUCUUGAAGCUCUACUAAUUUUCCCAAAAAUUGGAGUUUGUAAUGCAUUUUUUUUCUUGUGUUCAAGAA